AACGCGCGCGAGGCCGAGCUCGUCGCGGCGGUCGUCGCGGGCGUCCUCGAGGCGGGCGAGCUCGGGCCCCGCGAUCUGGUCGUGAUCUCGCCCUACAACCGCCAGUGCGACGCCGUGCGCGGCGCGCUCGCGCGGCGCGGCGUCUACGACGUCCGCGUCGGCACGGUCGACGCCUUCCAGGGGCAGGAGACGCAGCUCGUGGUUUUUACGGCGACGCGGUCGAACCCGCGCGGGGACCUCGGCUUUCUGCGCGAUCCGCGGCGCCUGAACGUGGCCAUCACGCGCGCGAAGCGCGGCCUCGUCCUCGUCGGCGACGCGGCGACGCUGUCGAACUCCCGGCACUGGCGCGCGCUCGUGGACUCGUGCCGCGACCGCGGC